AUGCUAAGUUCCCAGGGACUGAAGUUAUUCGAGUUGCUGGACAGUGCUGUCAAACCACUGAACUUUGAACGUAAAGAUGUCUGGAACAUUAAAUGGGAUGCUGAAAAGGACGACACAUUGGCAGUGAUGGAGAAAACACGCAUGUACGUGAUAAGGAACACGGAAGCUGAGGAACCCAUUGUUAACUCGGGCUACAUUUGUUCGUUUAAAAAUCUGGUCGUACGCACGGUUCUUCUGGAUGAAAUUAUGAAAAAUCCUGAAACCCCUCAGACAUCGUUUAUCAUUGAUGUAGAAAUCAAGUCACUUCGCGAUGCGAAAAAUUUACUCGAAAAAAUGAAAAUCCAAGAAGCAACAGCUUUUAUUGAAAAAAAUAAUCAUCCGAAGCUAUGGGCACUGCUUGCUGAGGUGGCCCUUAAUCGUCUGGACACGGCCGUUGCCGAGCACGCCUACGUGAUGUUGAAGGAUUACGCAGGCAUACAACUUAUCAAAAGAAUCAAUGCUUUACAAGUACAUCAAUUUUAA